AUGACGUUCGAGGGGGCAGAGGCAGAGGUCCCCGUGGUGGACUUCAGCGGCCCGGAAAGCCUAGUAAUUAGAGGCGUGUCUGAGGCAAGCAGCAAAUGGGGGCUUUUGCAGAUUGUGAAUCACAGCAUUUCUAAGGAAGUGAUUGAGAAUCUGCAGAGGGUUGGGAGGCAGUUUUUCGAGCUACCGAAUGAGGAGAAAAUGGCAUAUGCGAAGGAUCUGGAGAGCAAGAACAUCGAUGGGUAUGGAAGUAGGCUUAGAAAUGGUUGGGUUGAUCAUUUGUUCAACAAAGUAAGGCCUCCUAACGUCGUUGAUUAUCGAUUUUGGCCCAAGAACCCUUCUGAUUAUAGGCAGGUUACUGAAGAGUACGAUAGAAAUCUGAAUGAAGUGGUAGAGAAGCUAUUUCGAUGCUUGUCGUUAGGGUUGGGGCUAAAGGCGGAGGAGUUGAAGAAGGCGGUGGGAGGCGAGGAGCUCAUCUACAACUUGAAGAUCAACUACUACCCGCCGUGCCCUCGGCAGGAUUUGGUUCUUGGGGUGGGUGCCGGCACACACCGAUCUCUCCACCCUAACGGUUUUAGUGCCAAAUCAAAUUCAAGGACUCCCAAGUUUUUAGAGAUCAACAUUGGUACGAUGUUUCCUACAUCCCUAAUUCCUUGAUCAUCCACAUUGGAGACCAA